AUGACCCCCGCUCGCCAGCUUCGCCAGCCGCGUCCGCUCUCCCAGCGCUCCGAACGUGCCUCGUCGCCGACCGCCACACACAGGAACCGCUUACCCACCAGCUCUGCCCGCGUCUCUACCGCCAUAGCUGUCGCUGCCGAAGCGGCCGCAGCCUCCUCCAGUGCGAGGGAACCGAUGAAACCUCACUCCUAUCGGCCGCUCAUGCUGAGGAGAGCGGACCGGGACACAGCAGCGGACCCGAACGAGCGCAGACUCGGGACGAACCGGCCGCUCUGCCCCGGACACAGCGACCUCGGGCCCUCCCCGCAAACACUCCUUUGGACUCCCAGAUUCGCAGCCUUGUGCUGCAGCGCCACACAAGAAAACGGAAACAAAACCCAACGCGGCCGUCUAAGACCCCGAGGCAGCCCAGCCGCCGCCACCGCGCCUCGGCCAGUACUGCUCCGUCUCCCUCCCCGGGCAGCGGCGGCGCGCAGCGCGUCUCCUUCCGCCGGCGCGGGCGGGGCAGCAGCCGCGGGAGGGUCGGCGGAACCACCGCAGACGGAAAGUAGUGCCCGGCCCUGCGGAGGCGGCAGCGGCCACUGGGUCCGUCCAGAUCCAGAGGCGGCGGCGGCGGGAGACGAAAAAAUGAAGAGGGCCGCGGGAAAGUAGGCGACAGCUAUUCAAAGCUUUUGGGGGUCUACCUUUGUAUUCGUUGCUCCCUCAGAGGUGGAGGUGAGGGGAAAGUGAAGUGUAGUGGUUCCACUCUGAUCACAAAAUAAACUCCUGGGUUGACGCCUCACCCGCGGCUUGAUGUUCAGAGCACACAGCGCCCGCCGCCUGAGUUAGCCUGAAUUAGCAGUCCCGCAGUAACAGCAGCAGAGCAGGACAACACUUCUACUGAAAACUAAGCCCCAAAGUCACAGCAGAACCAACCGUUCAUGACUUAAAGGGAAAACGAGGGGGAAAAUGUGGUCCUUUCAUUCUUCUCAUUUGUGGUGAUACUAAUUACAUGUUUAAGCUAUUCACAGAUUUAAAUUUGUCACUGCUUUAUUAUAAGAACAGCAAAUGCUCCGUGGCGGGCCCUUGUCAACGUCCUGAAAUUUCACAAACCGUGUCUGCGACAGUCUUAGUACUUUUAGUACUGGUACACAGCUCAAACACACUGGUCAGAUAAUAAAAGCAGAGAAAAUCCCCAGAUUCAGUUAUUAGAAAAUACCAUGGAAAGAAAAGGAUUUUAGCCAAUCACAAUUCAAGAAAAAAAAUAUUUAUUUCCCAUCCAAUUAUAAUCGGACUCCCUAACCCACACAAAGAUCUCUAACUUGGAACAAUCACCCUUCUUUGAUCAACUUAUUUGUUAUAAAUCAAACCUCCCUACAAAUGUCAGUGAGCAGUUCGAUUUCAGGCACCCUUUAUACUGCUUUUUUAUAGGUAGUCCAAUAUUCUAAAUUUCAGUUUCUUGAGAUUUUCCUAAACCUCUAUUUUUAAAAAAAGUUAACAGUUUACACUAGUAAUCUGAAUGUUUAAAAUAACUAUAAGGCUUUUAUCUGUUUUCUCUAGAACACUCAAGCUGGGCAAUUUGAAGUGGAGAAACACAACCACUGCUAAUAGGUUAGAAACCAAAAUUAUAAGGAAGAUGGAUUUUAAUAAUCAUGGUCAAAUUUUGCCAAAGACCAAACAUAGAACUGUAAUAAAUAGGCAGGGCACGGUGCCUCACGCCUGUAAUCCCUGCACUUUAGGAGGCAGAUCACCUGAGGUCGGGAGUUCGAGACCAGCCUGGCCAACAUGAUGAAACUAAAUGUAUUUUUAGUCUCUACUAAAAAUACAAAAAAUUAGCUGGGCAUGGUGGAGCAUGCCUGUAAUCCCAGCUACUCAGGAGGCAGCAGGAGAAUCACUUGAACCUGGGAGCUGGAGGUUUCAGUGAGCCGGGAUCGUGCCACUGCACUCCAACCUGGGCAACAAGAGCAAAACUCAGUCCCCCCGAAAACAAACAAACAAACAAAAAACCUGUAAUAAAUUAAAACGGCAAAACAUACCCAAAAAUGCAUAUCGGCAAGUUGAGAGAAAAACUUAACUUUGCUUGGGCAAUUUUAUUUCCAAGUCCACUUUUUCAGUGUACACUGUAUAAUACUUAGCAAAUUAUCUUAAGAAUUACAGAUGAAGAUUUCUAAAAUCAGUGUAGAUUAAGGAACCAGUAAAGUGACUUGGUGACAAUAAUUCGACGUAUGUAAGGAUAAAAGAGUAGGGAGAUCAACAUCCAGAUACCAAGUCAUCAAUGAUCUGCUUUGUGACCAUGGGCAUGAUGCAAUUGUAAAAAUGCAAAAAUGCCUGAAUCCUAAUUUUCAGUGAUAUCCUAGGAGCAAAUGAAAAAUACAAAUAAAGUCA